GUGAAGGAAAGCCUUUGUCAGUGGCCGGUGAACUUUGCUUCAAGACCUUCGUCGGCUCUUAAGGUUGAAGCUGUUUCUAGAUACCACCCACCUGUACAAAAUCGUAAACAAGUCGUGAUGGAAAACUAGGGUCUAAUAAAAAAAUCAGCCUUUGCUGAGAACAACUGAUCCAUUUAUGAAAACAGCUAAUCUUGUCAUAUAAGAGGUAACUUUCAAGACGGCACGCUUGUAACAGCAAAGAUGCAGAAAAUAUAACUUGAAGCUCUAAUAUUGCAACGCAACCGCAAAACUACGUGAGGUGACCAUGGAAGCCUGUAUUAACUUCCUCGUCCCCAGCUUCUUCAAAACCUGAUGAGAACCUGUAUUGUUGACAUAUGUAAUACCAGAGAUAUGAAUUUAAUAUUGAACCAUGGUGCAUAUAUAAAUAUACCCAGUUUUUCACUCCUGUGCGCGCAUUUCCCAAAAACAUCCAAAAGUUUACGAUUUGUAAAUUUUCCCGGAGCCUUUCAUCGAUCAUGGCAAUUCCCAUUAUUGAUUUAUCUAGUCUUGCAAACAGAACACCAACGUUAGAAGAAACAACUGCUGUUAGGAAAGCUUGUCUCGACUUCGGAUUUUUCUACGUCAUCAAUCACGGGAUACCAGGAGAUCUUCAAGCUAAAGUUUUGGAGAAGUUGUGGAAAUUUUUCAGUCUUUCAGCCGAGAAGAAGGAAGAAAUUCAUCGAAGAGAUGGUUUUCGCGGAUACUUUAGGAAACAGGAGGAGCGAAGCAUAGAGUACAAUUGCACAGAGUGGAAAGAGGGGAUUUAUUAUUUUCGGGAUUUUAAGAAUUUACCCGAAGAGAAAAAGGAAAAGAUUUUCUGUGGCUUAAAUCCAUGGCCUAAAGGUGAAUAUGUUCCCGAGUUUCGUGCAGUUAUAGACGAAUACUUCAGAAGAACACAAGAAUUAGCCUCAAAUCUGUUGAGCUGCAUUGCACUGAGUUUAGGUAUGAACCGAUCUGAACAUCCAUAUAAACCACUAUUCUCAAUGUCUAUUAGGCUUAAGUGGAAUUGCCGCUAAAGACAGCCCGAUUACAUAGGCCGAGACUAGGUUGCACCAAUAACCAAAAUAAUAACAGUGAUCAGUAAUAAUAUGUAUACAAUCCCGUCUUGAGGCAUUCGCAAGGGUUCCUCACAAGAGAUGGUUGCCUGUUCGUAUCACAAGGGGGCCAACAGGCAUGAUACAUAUUGUGAAAUAAGCUCACCCUGCACUAGCAUCAUAAUGCAUGAGUCCAAUGCGAACUUCUGUGACGGAGUAAAAAGCAUCAAGCAAUGUAUUAUCCUUAGGGCUUAAAUCUUUCUCCUUUUCCUCGAGGGGUUUAUCAAUAUUUUUCGCAAAGUUUGGUGAUCGUAAAAAUUAUCGCCCGUUUACUAUACAUGUGUUCAACCUAAAGUUAAGGGAUAGAAGCGAUUCUUUCCUUUCCAUGACAGUGAAGUGUCUCGGGGAAAAAACGUCAGAGAGUUUUUUCACAGCUGCAGAUGCAUGCCUGAAAGGAAACAAAACUUUCAAGACUUUUCUCAAAGACUCUUGAACGGUAAUAUUGAAGCUGACACCUCGAGCCAAGAGAAAGAAAAUGCGAUAGCAACAAUACUGAUCACAAGCCACAUUCCCUUUCUUGAGCAUUGAUUUUUUUCUUUUGAAUUAUACAAUCUACCUUCUGUUGUUACUUACAUAUGAUAAUGAUGAUAAUGACCCGGACACUUUUAAAACGUGUGUGGACUUUAACUGUAGAAAUGCAAACAUAAAGCUAUUUUUUUGUCAAUGUAUCAGGCAAUAAAAAUUAAAAAUAAAUCUUUCGAGGUUAUCACACUUAACCAAAAUUAAGGAAGCAGGAUAUAGAAUUUUUUGAAGCCUCAGUAUGCCCCAACCUUGUCCAAUCAUAUUUUCUGUAAUGCACCUCUACUUCAACAGCAGAGGCUGGGACUGUCCUUAACACAGGUUUCACUGAAUUACGGAUACUAGAAAGAACCUCAUCUAUCGUUUAUCUUCAAAAGUUCUAAAGACCAUCUUUCGUCAUCUCAUUUUUUUUGCAGGGCUUGAAAGAGAUUUCUUCAUCAAAGAAUUCACCGACGAUCCCUUUGCUCAACUGGCAAUGUUCCACUACCCACCCAACCCUUUUUCAAAGGAUGGCCAUGAGAUAUGGGGAGCGGGGAGGCACACUGACUAUGGCAUGUUAACCAUCCUCCUUCAAGAUGACGUAGGCGGACUCCAGGUAGAGACCAAAGAUGGAGUGUGGAUUGAAGUACCUCCAAUUUCAGGCUCAUUUGUUGUCAACUUGGGAGACAUGAUGGAAAUCUGGACAAGUGGUGCACUCAGAGCGGGACCGCACAGGGUGAAAGUUUCCCCAACUGAGCACCGGCUUUCAGUUGCCAUGUUUUAUGAGCCAGGCUUUGACUGUAUGAUUUCACCAAUUCCUCUGGACAAGACUCUAAUCCCUGUGGAGAAAACGGCAGCGAAGUUGCGAAUGGACUUUCCCAUUCGAUAUGGUGACUAUGUACUGAAAAAGUUUUGCAGUAUCUUGCCAGCAGAUAAGCCUUAA